CCCUCUCUUCCUUCUCCACACACGGUGUCCAGAAGUGCUACUCAGUGGGGGUGCAGCUAGUAGUAGAAAGUAGAGCUGAGAUGGGGAAAAUGCAAGUUUUGGGUGUAGUUGCGGUCAUAUUGGCAGUUUACUGCGUACAUGCGACCGUUUACUUUCGUGAGGAGUUUCUGGACGGUGAUGAGUGGAGAAGUCGCUGGGUGAACUCCAAACACAAAUCUGACUAUGGAGAGUGGAAGCUAACAGCUGGCAACUUCUAUGGAGAUGCUGAGAAAGACAAAGGUCUGCAAACAAGCCAGGAUGCUCGAUUCUAUGCUACCUCUGCCCGUUUCGAGCCUUUCAGCAAUGAGGGCAAGAGUCUGGUCAUUCAGUUUACAGUCAAGCAUGAGCAGAAGAUCGACUGUGGCGGCGGCUAUGUGAAGGUCUUCCCUGCCGACUUGGAUCAGACCGCGAUGCAUGGAGAAUCCUCAUAUUACAUCAUGUUUGGCCCUGAUAUCUGUGGCUACAGCACCAAGAAAGUCCAUGUCAUCUUCAAUUACAAGGGCAAGAAUCACCUCAUCAAAAAAGAGAUUAAGUGCAAGGAUGAUGAGCUUACCCACAUUUACACACUGAUCCUGAACCCAGAUCAGACCUAUGAGGUGAAGAUUGACAAUGAGAAGGUAGAAUCCGGCAGUCUGGAAGAGGACUGGGACUUCCUGCCUCCUAAGAAAAUCAAGGACCCUGAAGCCAAGAAGCCAGAGGACUGGGAUGACCGUGCCAAGAUUGACGAUGCUGAUGACACCAAGCCUGAGGACUGGGACAAACCUGAAAACAUUCCAGACCCUGAUGCUAAAAAGCCUGAAGACUGGGACGAGGAUAUGGAUGGAGAAUGGGAACCACCUAUGAUCCCCAACCCAGAGUACAAGGGGGAAUGGAAACCCAAGCAGAUCGACAACCCCAGCUACAAAGGAUCCUGGGUGCAUCCUGAGAUUGACAAUCCUGAAUAUAGCCCUGAUUCAACCAUCUAUAAGUUUGACAGCAUUGGUGUCUUAGGUCUUGAUCUCUGGCAGGUGAAAUCUGGUACCAUCUUUGACAACUUCCUGAUCACAGACGACGUGAAGGAGGCAGAGGACAUUGCAAACGAAACAUGGGGGGUGACAAAGGAACCAGAGAAGAAAAUGAAACAGGACCAAGAUGACCUGAAACGAAAAGAAGAGGAAGAGAAGACCAAGGAGCAAGCCACUGAAGCUGAGGAGGAUGAAGAAGAGGAUGAGGAAGAUGAGGACCUGGAUGAGGAGGAAGAAACAAAGGACGACAUGGAGGAGGCCCUUUCAGAAAUGGAUGAGGAGGAAGCAAAGGCCAAGGAUGAGCUUUGAGGAGGGUGUCCAGAGAUUUUGUCUGCCCCUCCUUUAGAAACUCUGUCCUAUAUUUUCCAGGGUCAUUGUGGCUGCUGUGCAUCCUUUCCCUGAGAUCUGGACACAACACAACUUGGGGGCAUUUGUACUGUAGUGUAGGGUUGCAAGCUGAUGUUGGUGAACUUGGUUUCUCUUUCAUUUUGGUCAUGAUAUUACCCUUUUGCCCGUGAACUGCUGGUUUGAUUCUAAGGUUUCCAACAAUCGGAGUCCAAUAAUUCCUUUUUUUUUUUGUUAUAACAGACAUUGACAUCUGUUAUCUUGAUUGUAGUGAUCUAAGCAUCUAUGUUAUUUGCAGAUCCCCUUGAACAGGCUGCACAGUUUACCAGAAGCUGUGGUACAAAUGACAAAUUGAGAUAUGGAGUAGCCAAUCAGAUUUUAUCCUUAUUAUCCCAUUGUCCUCUUGCAGCCUGGUCAACAAUAAAAUGCACAUAACUGAACUUACAAUGCACAAACUGUAAGACUUCACAAAUCACAAAGUACAGACAAAUCAAAACUGUAAUGUUAUGUAACUUAUUUUGAUUAUGGCUGUAGCACUGACUUCUUAUUUUCCCUUUUAAAAACACUCUUUAAGGCACACUUGAAUGACGUGUUCAGACAUAAAUUAAAUUUCAUCAAAGUACAAAAUGAUUUUUUUUUUUUUGACAUUUAAAUGAGAUGAAUUUAACCUGCCUCUAAUGUGAUUUAAAUCCUGAAAGUCUGGAGAAACAGAUGAUGAGCCCCUGGUGUGACUUUUGACAUCGCAAAGGAUCACACGUUUAUUUUUAUUGGACAGAAUGUUAUUGAUACCAAAGUUUUUAUUAAAAGAUUAUAACCUUAA